CCAAUAAAACUAAACGUAGCUGUACGUGCGAUGGCGAUGUGUGGAUUUUUUCGUUGGUUGGUGAUAUUUUUUGAUCACAAAACAAUUGCUAAUUAAAAUCUAAGUCCUAUGAGUAAGAUUCAGCUGCUACUGCAUCCGGUGAAUAGUGUUUGGUGUUUUCGUGAAGUGGACAAAAAAUAAUAAACCUAGUGGUGAUGGAGGAGAGCACGGAGAAUCACAUGGAGACAGACGUGUCGUCCACGACUGAUGAUGUUCCUGAGACGCAGGAAGUAACAGGCUCCGACGGUAACGUCGAGAUGAUCAUAGUUGUGGAGAAGAUGGAUGACGAGUCAACAGCUGACGACCAAUCUGAUGAGCACCAGUCUCCAGUUCAUGAAGGUACCGACAGUAUAAUGACACCAGAAGACAAAGCACCAGAGAAAGAACAGGUAUCAACAGUUAAACUCCCACUAAAAUCGCCAGUGAAGUCUCCUAUAAAGACACCAACAGUCACUCUUGUGAAAUCGCCAGCAAGAUCUCCUAUUAAAAGUCCAGCCAAUACUCCAGUCAAAAGUCCAGCUAAAUCUCCAGUUCAAAGUCCAGCUAAAUCUCCAUUAAAGUCUCCUACAAAAUCUCCCACUAUUGAUGCAGAAAUUGUAAAUUCUACAGAGGAUACUGAAAUAGUAAUGAUUGUGGAGACUGCACCACAGGUGCCCGAUGAGGUUUCAGCACCUGUUGCAACACAACAAGUGGAAGUGACUGUGGAAGCAUCACCAAUCAAAGAAUCUCCAGUUAAUGAAACAGAAGACAAACCCACCCAGAUUCUAAGUCCAAGUAAAGAGGUUCCUGUUCCAAAGUCUCCCAAUAAUGAGCUGCAGCCUUCAGAUUCUGCUAGAUCUACACCAACAAAAGAAACUAUAACAAAUGACAAAACAACAGUCAAUGGCAAGGUCCAAUCAAAUGAAACUAGUAAAAUGGGUGACACAAAUGUUAAAACUAUAGCUACAAUCGCACCCAUAGAAAUCACCAUUGAAAAUUCAAAUGAUUCUCAAAUUGAAACAUUAUCUGACAUAUCAGAAAAAGAACACAAGGGCAUUAGCAGAGAAUUGAAAUCCUUAAUAAAGUCUGCCAAAGAAUCUAAGAUCAUUAGUGAGUGUACACAAUUAAAAAGCAAGACAAGAAAGUCUAGAAGUGCCUUAGACACAUCUAGUUCAAGUCUCAAUUCUUCUUUGUUGGAGCCUGGCAAGAUACAUGACACUAGAAGAAACAGUGAUAACUCACAGAAGAGCAAUUGUAGUGAAAAAUCUGAUAAAACACAUCUCAAGAGGUCAAUGAGGUCACAAAACCCGGAAUUUGUUAGUAAGGUAAAGCAGUUUCUGAAUUCUGUCACUGGUAAAAGUAGUAAAGACUCAGAUGAUGAGGAUGAUGUGGUGGAAAGCAAGGAUAAGAGUGAAAUAUUAGAGCAGGAUGCUAAGGGGACGCCUCCUAAAGUUAAAAAGUCUGAACCAAUUGUAAUUACAGAAAAUAGCAACAAGCUUCGUUCAGACCCUUACUGUUGGCGUUGUCACUGGGCGGUGGAGCAUGCUACCAAUGAGAAGAUGCAUCCUCCGAUGCACUGUACAGUUUGCCCGAGGACCUUCCACUACAAGUGCUUGACGGGUCCCGAGAAGAGCAAGAUAAAUGUAGAGAAAAAUUGGGUGUGUCCUGAAUGUAUGAUAGUUCUACAGGCUGAAAGCUCCGAGACCAGGUCGCCAGCCAUGAAGAAGAUAUCCCUUGGAAUGCUCUGCGAUCUAUUGAAGCACGCGCUGCGACGGAUGACGGAAACGAAUGGGGUAGAACCAUUUAUGCAACCAGUAGACCGUACAGCAUUUCCAGAUUAUGACAAGUAUGUGGUGCAUCCUAUGGACCUGUCACUCAUGAGAGACAACAUCUCCGAGGGCCUCUACGGCAGCACAGAAGCGUUCCUUGCCGACGCGCAAUGGAUACUGCACAAUAGCAUCAUUUUUAACACACAUGAAAACGUGUGUCCCCCUUCAGUGCAGUCUAAAUUGACGGCGGGUGCGCGUGCGCUGGUGCGGUCGUGUCGGUCGGAGAUGGGAGAGAUCGAGGCGUGUCCCGAGUGCUACGCCGCUGCGCAUGCGCGCCGCCCCACCUGGUUCACCGACGUCUGUUCCACGCCCCAUAUACUUUUCUGGGCUAAGCUGAAAGGUUUCCCCUUCUGGCCAGCGAAAGGUAUGUCGGUGAACAGCUCCGGUUUGGUGGACGUGCGCUUCUUCGGAGCACACGACCGCGCUUGGGUGCCUUCGAAAGACUGCUUCCUGUAUUCUGAAAAAGACCCGAAUAACUUCAGAACUAAACGACAAGAUAUAAUUGACAGUAUGCAGGAAGCAGAACAACACAUUCGGAAUAUUUCAAGAAAGUACGGUCGGUUCGUCUACCCGCCUUUCAAAACACCAUUUGAACCCAGCAGAAUGAGUGAACAACUCAAAAUGAUGAUACCAACAUUUGAAGGCGAUGUAAGGUCAUUAGUCAAAGAGAAGCCGUCUCCGGCUGUCAAGGGGAAGAGCAGGUCCAACUCCAAAGGUUCAAAGUGUUCAUUGAAUGAUGGGUUGCGCCUACACUCGGAUAGUACGGAUUCGGGUAGUGACGGGGAGGAACUACAGCGUCUGUAUGCUCUCCUAGACAAGUACAGUGACGCAAGCGAAACGGAGGACGCGCCAGCGCUGCCAGCGAGAAAAAUGGCGGACGGUGCGGAAAUAGCCAAAGUGGAGGAAGAUGAAUCUAAUGUUGAGAAGGAAGUGGAAGUGGAAGUUCCAGUCAAAUUGAAAGAAAACACUCAAACUCCUACGUCAACUACUUCUAGAAAGCGUCGUCGAUCAGACCUUGAGGAAGCUGUCAUCACUAUCAUUGAAACUAGCGGCAGCUAUGAGAAGCGCAGUCGACGUAAAAGCUUUGUUGAAACCAAGAAACCUGACGCACUAGAACCUACUAGCAGCAAAGUUGUAGACACAACUACUGACAAACCUAAAGGCGAAACAAAUAAGACCACACCAAAACAGACCACACCAGUCAAAGCGAAUGAAACACUAACUAAACUUAAAGAUAGUGAACCAACUUCUAGCACGGAAAAGGAAAAAACGCAGAGAGUAACUCCCAUAAGGAUAGCCCUAGUCAAAGAAAGACGUCAUUCUACCAGAACCAGCUCCUCCAAGGACCCAACUGCCAAAAUUAUCACUCCUAAUAAAGACAAAGAACAAGAAAAAACCACACCCCAGAGGCCAAAAUCUGCUAGAAGUGUUGAUAAAACUUCAUCGGCUACUAAACCCGAGAAAACAAAACCAGAAAAGGUCGAUAAAACACCUAAUGCGAAAGCCGAAAAAGGUGAUAAAACACCCAAUGAUAAAACUACGAGAGGGAACAGGUCCAGAGCUGAAAAACGAAGUAGUUCCCGAAGCAGUAGGUCCACUAACAGCACCAGUUCGACACGAUCAUCAGACAAAGCUGAGAAAAAAUCUGAUGGGAAGGCGAAGGACAAGUCUAAAGAAAGUAAACCCUCAGCAAAAGAGAAAGACAAAGAUGGAGAUGCAAACAAAUCCACAGUGGUCGCACAGAUGUCGCCUAAACCUGUACCAGACGUACAGUCUCCGAAAUCUGUUAAAGAUCGGUUGCACUUCGACGAUAAUACUACUUUAGCUGUUUUAGCGCGGGAAACUCCUAAAUCUAAUAAUCUAGUAACAGUAACACUUUGCAACAACAGUGGGCUCCCCACAAUCAGUUCCGUGCGGAGUCUGUCCACCACUGCGCAGGCUACAGGCGUGACUAUAACUAAAACAACGACUAAUGCGACCACUAUUGACAUCACGGAAGAAUCGUCCACCUCAGAUUCGAGCAUCUUUACACCUACUAGCUCAGAGAACGUGACGUCAAUGAAAGAAGCUAUGUCGAAACUGCAGAGACUACGUAAUGACACGACGGAGCCGGUCGUAGGGCGCGUGGGGGUCAGAGCGUUCGCGAGGAUGACAUCUCCGGAAAGACACACCCCUAACGAAGAGGUGCAAGUAGAAAUUAAAGCUGAACCCAUCGAUCUCGAUGACCCGGAGAGACAUAAUGAGAAGAUGGAUCUCAUGAACGCUUUCAGGCUGCGGCCGGUGAACCCGCAGAACGUGCCGGCACCGACAAUGAAUUUACGGGACGUUCGGAUAAACAAGGUGGUGGUGACGCCGCUCAAUGCCAAAAAGGUGACGAAGCCGCCUGAGGUUCGGCCGAGAGCGAAGAAAUCGUUCCCUCAGCCGAAGAAGACGGAUGAAAGUCGUUCGGAUCUAGUUACUAAGAACUCGAUGGUGUACAUUCCCAUCCAGCCCCCGAUGACGCAGGCUCCGUCCGCGCGACCGCCCCGCCCUCCACACGCAGCGACGCCUACCGUGCAGCCCAUUAUUAGACCGCCUAUCAUGUCUACGUCCGCGAACAGCCUAGUGAACACAGUGACAACCCCCCUGAUGCUGUCCAGCCCGUGUAUCUCGACUAGUGGAGUGACCAACAGUACGAGUGUGGCCACGGUGCCCACUGUCCACACAGUGCCACUGAUGACGUCAGUCAAUGGACAGUGGAUGUUCAGCUUCCAGCCUGUUAUGUCCGUUGGAGCUAUUGAUAAUACGCCCGCCUCACCCCUAGUAAACGGUAUAACAGAUAGAUCAAACACAUCAGUUCCACUAGCGACAUUAACUCCAACGUCUAACUCUACGCUAGUAAGCUCAGUCGCAACACCGGCCGCGUCAGUAGUGCCUGUACUCCCGGCCGCUACCCCUGCACCGCCCAUCUCUGUACUAAGCAGGACGCCCACUGACAAUACUCCUGGAGAGACGUUAUCUGUGUUACAGCCCCCGCGGCUACAACAACGUCCGACGCAGUGUCUACAGAACCCUCUGGACUGCAACACUCCUAUAGGCACCAUGCCGCCGCCCUCCACCGCUGGACCUGUCACCGCCAAGCUCAAUCAGAAUGCCGUUAAGAUGACAGACUUCUUCCGAUCGUUACUGGAGGACUCGUUGGAGAAGCUGGACGAGCCAGUGUCACAGCUGACCACUCUGAAGCUGCAGCUGGAGCAGGACAAGUGGCGACACCAACAGGAGAUCAAGGAACUUAAACAUAACUAUGAACUAACGAUAGCUGAGAUGCGUGCGUCGUUCGAGAAAGAGAAGCUACGAGCGGUGAGCGAGGCUAGGCGCGCGUCACAAGUUGAAUUGGAGACCGCCGUCAAGCAGACCAAGACCAAACAAUGGUGCGCGAACUGUAGCCAGGAGGCCCAGUUCUACUGCUGCUGGAACACGGCGUACUGCGGGUACCCGUGCCAACGAGCGCACUGGGCACAACACUUCUCAGCCUGCCAGCAACAGAGACAGGAUGGUAGCAACGGUGAAUCACCAACCUCUCCGAAGUCUCUAUCAGAUAAUAUGCCAGUGUUACAGAAAACGCCCGCUCCGACCCUGACGGUCGGCGGCAAGGUCGCACCCUCGCGCGCCUUCAACCAAGACCCAAAUAGCGCACCCAAGACUUCUAUUAUUGUAAGUAUGGUCGAAGACACCAGCGGCAACCAGACAAUGAAAUGCGUCGGUACAUACAAGCCAGUUAGUGGCAACCAGCUCGCGCCUAUGAUCAACAACAUACCUACAACGAGCAAUGAAGAGAAUCAAAACAAGAAAGUAGUAUCUUCUUCGGGAGGGUAUUUAAUAGUGGGCGGAGCAAGUAACUCGUCGGUGGUGACCCCGGCGAGGCGGACGCACGCCAUUCAGUACUUCUCCUGAGGCAAGGACUCUCCAGUCAGCUUCGACUUCUUCGAACGCAACAAUAUGAUAGGAAGAAAACGGAACGAAUAAACAGUACAAAUACCGCUAAACACGUGCAGGUGCAGUCAAUGUUUCAACAGUGCAGUGCAUAUGGUUGUAAUCAAAACUUAAGCAAUAAGUAGUACUCAACCGUAACAAUAGUCAUUUUGUGGUCGUCCACAGAUAAAGUAGAACUAGAAGUCUAGUUAUUAUCAAUAUUUUUAUAUCAUGCAUAGAUAAUAACAUACAAUCAAUGCCUAUAAAGUAGUAUGAUUGUUGUUAGUUCAAAUUUUAACAUUAUGGUAACUCUGAUUGUUAAUUAUUGUGAAUGUUUAUCGUGUCUUGAGGCUGUAUCUGGCUUGAGUAUACACAACCAUGUUCAUAAAUCAAGUAAAUUAAUACAAAAGUAGUUAGGAAAAACGCUAGUUUUGAUUGAGGUGUAUGGAAGAUUAAGUUCAGAGAGGUGUAAUCGCAUUCUCAGCGUUAUGAGUUAAGAAUUAUGACAUAUAUUUAUAUUUUAAUGAUCAUUAUUAAAACAUAAACUCUUUUCGUGCUAUCUCAGUAGCUUUGCUACUUUUCGUGUAAUGAUUGUAGCCUAAAGAGCUAUGUACAAUUGUACACUAAAUAACAAUGUAUUAGUGAAAUUCUUCCAUUAAAAGUUCAAAGUACGCGAACGGCUGCCGUUUUUUAAUUAGUCUCGGCUAGAUUUUUAAUUUUAGUAGAAGGUAAAAUUUUUAAUGAUGUAAAUAAAUUAUGUGAUUUUAGGAAAAGUGGUAUCCAUUUUAUUUUUCCAAACCAAUUAUAUUGUUAACUAGUCUCCCUUGACCCAAGUUUUUAAUAAAAUACUGAUUGUAUGGGCAAUUAUAUAAGGAAAUGGUAAUAAGAGGGACUAUUUUUAUUUUACGUACCAAGUUGUUAUAUUAGUUCCAUUUUCUUUGCAACUAUUAACACUCCACUCAACAUAGAGUGGAUCUUUUUAUGAUUAAGUAAAAUGCAUGUUGAAAUAUAAUAAUUUGUUAUCUUUCCACAAAAUCCCAAUUAAGUUCUUAUUGAUUAUUUUCUUUCGAUUCUGAGCUUUUUGUUUUAUGUAAAUACUGUAAAUUGAUUAAUGUUACGUUCUGAUUUAUAAAACGCUAUGUAAUUAGCAAUGGUAAUCUAUUUGCUGAGACUUGAAGAAUUGCUCAGAAAGGCUGCAAGCAGCGAAAUGAAACUGAUAGGUCUGAGGGCCUAGUGCGAAUUUGUUUAACAUUAACGAGACCGAAACAUUUAUGAUUCGGCGUUUUGAUUGGUCUGCUCCAAUUUAACCAAUCAGAGGGCUAUACUUGGUAAUGUUUCGUUCAUGUUAAAUUCCUUCAAACUCGCACUUAGCACUCUGGUUAUAAUGAUACAAUUACGUCAUAGUUCGUAGUAUAUGGUAUUUGAGAGCGGAAAUAACUCUUUAUGGGGCUCUCCUUACAUGACUCGCGUGUCAAGUGAUAAGAUAGAAAAAAGUUGUUGAUGCGACAAUAUGCACUCAACGUCGCAGUCACUCUAAACUGCCAAACAAAAUUAAGCGCAUGCAAUUGAUAAUUUUUUUUUAGUAAUUGAGUUUCCCUUAUCUUUCUUUGAUGGAUUUCUUGUAUCUAUGUCAUUCUCUCAAUUUUUGUAUAACGACAUAUUGUUACUCAUAAUGUAACUACUACGUAUUGUUAUAAUUUUAAGACUGUUAAUGUUAAGUUCACGUGUAAUGUGCAUUUUAGUUUGUACUCGGUAGGUAACAGCUAACAGUGGUUGAAGGCUAAAGGCCAUCCCUUAAUUUUUUAAAUGGUGGCUGUAUAUAAUUGGCUACAGUGUAAAAUAAUUGUCAAGCACUAAGCAGUGGCUUAUUGGAAGUGCUUAUUAAUUAAAUAAACAUGUGAUGAAUACACUCUACAAGUGUAUUUUAAUUUAUCAAACUUGCAAUAAAGUAAUUCUAAAAUUUCUCCUACUAUGUUAGCAUUAAUCUCCUUCUAAGCAUGAACAGUAGGGUUGUCAAGUGAUGUCUUUUUUGUAAAUAGUAAGUUUAUGUUACUAUUAAGAGCUUUUAGUACAUUAUUGUACCUACAAAACUGUUUCAUUUGACUAAUAAAUGAUGAAACCGA